AUGGCCGACAACUCCAGCCAGGGCCUCUUCUCCCGCCGCCCCUCGUUUUUCGGCGGCAAGACCAAGGGACAAGGACACAAGCAAACAAACUCGACCCUCGCGCCGCCCCAACUCAACAUCACCCCCGCGGCCAACCCCGGGCUAAAGACACCCCCUCUCGAGCUCGACCAAUACGAGUUUCCCGCCCGACUCGCAGCGACGCCACCACGACGCAGGCACGCCAGCAGCAGGCACAGCAUCGCCUCGUCCGUCACCGAUCUCGGGUCCACGCUGCGGAGGUCACGGUCCGCCUCGCUUCGCACCAACGCGUCGGCCUCGUCCUCGCAUAAGAGGACCCCCUCGGCCACCCUGGCCCUCACCUACUCCCCCGAGAAGGCCCCCGUGCCCGCCAGUGUGACGAAUGCCUCGCGGCCCGCCCUCUCCAUAUCCACCUUUUCGCGCAGCAAGCAAAAAAGCAGCGAGAACGUCAAGACCGAGGGCGGCAGUGUCCAACAACCCCAGGCCCAGGUCUACGAGAAGAGCCCCCUCAGCGCCGUCGACAAGCCCAAGACUCCCUUCGGUAACAUGGCUGUCCCCAUCCCGCUGCGCCAUCCCCCCUCACAGAAGGAGAUCCUCCAGGCAAACCAGCAGUCCAACCGCACGUUAGCACCUGCCGCCCCCAUCCCCGUCCCCAAUGGCUCCAACCCCAACCUCGUCUUCCAGCACAUCCACGAGCUCGCCUCAAAGCGCAUAUCCACCCUCGACUACUUGAGGAAGGCCCACGAAGGCCGCAUCUACUGGUUCAACACGCUCCUCUUCUCCAAAACAGACCUCACGCGCCUCCCCUCCUUCACCACGCGCAACCAAGCCCGGCGCGCCACCCACUACCUGCUCCUCGGCUUCUCGCUCCCAACGAUCCUCGACCUAAACGCCAACUCCCCGUCCGACUACCUCAAAGCCCUCAACGCCCUUUUGUUAGAAUUCGAACAAUACCAAUCCAUCCACCCCGCCGACGGCUCCACCCCCUCGUCCCUCUCCCGCGCCCGCCUCCCCCAGAUGUUCAAGCGCGCAAACAUGGGCAUGGGCAUGGGCAUGGGCAUGUCAAUGGGCAGUAAAGGCCGGCGGUCCAGCAGCGCAAACGGCGAUUUCCCACUGCUCACUCCAAGCAACAGUUUUACUGGCUCGGAAACAAGUGGAGACCCCGAGCUUACCGUUCGACCCUGA